ACGUCUGUGUGGCACUAGGUGGCGCUAUAAUUAGGCAAUUUGCUCUUUGGUUCUGAACCCUGGAAUCCUAUUGGCUGUUUUGAACUCACUGUAAAUGUAUAUUUCUCUAUCUGCUCCUAGGCCGUUGGUCUGAUCUUGACUAAGUUUUGCACACAGCAGCUAGGGGCAGUGGUGGGUAAAAUUGAAGUUGGAUAUGUUGAAGUGUUGUUAUGAUGUAAGCAAAUUAAUUUGUCUGGUGACAAACUGCCAAGCAUAAUGUCCAAACUUAAUGAAAUUUGAUACACAGAUCCCAAGUCGCAUCAAAGUUAACAAAUAACCUUAUCUUCUAGGUAUGCAUCUUCUUUUAUAAACAUCCUAACAUAUCUUGAUAGACAAAAAGUGUAAGGGUUACAACUCUUUGUUCACACAGAUCUUAUUUUUUGCAAUUUUCCAAAAGUCUAUGGGGAACAUGCAUAGCUUUUCGAUCGAGGGAACCCAUGCUCUGCUAACUUCCGAGUUGUCCUACAAAGUGACGUCAUAACUUCGAUACUGAAUAUGCAACAUAAAACGCAUGCCCUUGACGUCACAGUUUUCACAAAUUCACAUUAUUAUUAUUAAUAAUUUGGUAUUUUAAUUAGUCAUAUUAGUAAUAUUUUCAAAAACUUGCACUUUGAAUCCCUUUCGCAUUUUCAGACACCCAAAACGCCAAUGUCGAGUAUGGUCAAAACGCAUAAAAAGUUUUCUGUUUUUCUUUAAAAAAUGGUAUCAUGUUGUUGCCCCUUUUGUGAUACUCUAACCUGUUUCAUCAAACCCUAAAUAUCAGUGAAGAUUCAAGACGGACUUUGCUGUAAAAACCUCAUCAUAAGAUCGCUAUCAUCUUAUGCUAAUCGCUAAUCAUCCACAAAUGGUGCUUGGGUUGUAUUUGUGCUUUGUGUUUAAAAAACAAGAGACCAAAACACAAAAAUCCAACUUGUAUUUGAGACCAUUUAUCUCAAACUUAUGUUUAUCAGCAAUAUCCAAUGCUUCAGUGGUUAUCUCUUGCGUUUAAAGUAGCCUACAAAGUGAAAAGAGUCUCAGCGUCUCUGACAAUAUGAAAAAGUUCCAGUCACUGCCAAAAGAGGGCGUAAUAAACUACAUUAUGCAGCUAAAUAUCUCUUUUAAUCCUGCCUACAGAUAAAUCACACUUUAUUGAGCUUGUUAAACGUUUUAAUAUCAAAUAACAUUUAAUAAGAAUAUUAGCCUGUUUCUUUGAAUAAUUUUCUCUUUGUAGACGUACGUCUUUGCCUCAGUGACCUCGUGGAUUUGACGCUUGCUUUUUUACGUGCAAGCCUCAAGGCCCAUAGGAGGGUUUCAUAGUGGACUGGUGAAAGUAUAUCGGGUCAUUAUCGUUUGAUAAUGUCUUCUGGGAUAAUGAAAACGUCGCGUAAAUAAACAUCAGCAAGACAAAGGUCAUGGCCCUGUCACUGGUGGACCGUUGGCCGCAUGUCUCAGAUGACCAAUUAACUUGAAGUUACUGUAUUUAGAGCUGAACCCUGAGGUGCCCUUUUCUACCCGUGGCCUAUUUCCAGAUGGACCACGUGGGCAGCCAGCAGCAGCAUUGAUUAAAUCUGGAGACCCACAGGUCCCUCAAAACCCUGAGGGUGAAGAUGCCUUUUCACCAUGUGAAAGCAGGGCUGCUCUACACAGACAACUUCCUGACAACCUCUCUCUCUGAAACCAGUGAAGAACAGCUUGCCAACAUCUCCACUGAAGAGCUUGGUGAGAUUCGUGAGGCAUUCCGAGUUCUAGACAGGGAUGGGAAUGGAUUCAUCUCGAAACAGGAGCUGGGUAUGGCCAUGCGGUCUCUGGGGUACAUGCCCAGUGAGGUGGAGCUGGCUAUUAUCAUGCAGAGACUGGAUAUGGAUGGUGAUGGACAGGUGGACUUUGAUGAAUUUAUGACAAUAUUGGGACCUAAACUCGUUUCUUCUGAAACCAGAGAGGGCUUCUUAGGCAGCACUAUAGACAGCAUAUUCUGGCAGUUUGACAUGCAACAGAUGUCCCUGGAGGAGCUCAAACACGUCCUGUUCCACGCCUUCAGAGAUCAUCUCACCAUGAAGGACAUCGAGAAUAUUAUCGUCACAGAGGAAGAGAGCUUGAAGGAGAACUCAGGAAACUGCCAGGCCGAAUAUCAGGGAGUGCAUUCGAAAAAGAAGAAUCGUCAGACGUGUGUCCGCAAGAGCCUCAUCUGUGCUUUUGCAAUGGCCUUCAUCAUCAGCGUCAUGCUCAUUGCAGCCAAUCAGAUGUUGCGGAAUGGCAUGGAGUAGCCCCGCCCACUGUGAACCCCCAUUGAUCUGACCUCUGCUUGAGAAACAUGCUUUAAAAACUCCACUUUCUUUUAGCUUUGAAGAGUGUUGGGGAGCGCACAGUGCAGAGGAUGUGAAUCCCUGAGUUUUUUCUUUUAUAUUUAUUAUGUCGAUUGUGAUUGUGACUGACUGUGAAACAACAGUGAGGAAUGUCCACCAUCAGCAGCUUGACAGGGACAUGCAAGGGCUCCUCACUGAAUACCAUUUAAUGCAAUAACAUCCGUCUCCCUCUGCGCUGCGUGUCUUUCUCAUUCCGUGUCUUUAAAAGUCCACGACUUCGUACUUUAUCUCAUUUCAAGCUAUGUCAGAUGGGAACGACGAGGAGUGACUGGCAGCCUGUCCAACAGAGCCACCGCAGGUUGUCUGGCAUGAAGAGUGUGUGCAUGUUCAUCUCAAAUGCACUGUCCGAUUUGUUUUGAGCCUUACUGUGUUGAAGUUCAUUUAUGGAAAUCUUUGAAGAUAUCGUUUAUUGUUAAAGGGACUGUUGGGUAUUUCGGAAUAGCAUACGACCAUACUAUUAUUUUUACCCUAUGCAGUAUAUUGUGUACAGUAUGCAAAGAAAACCCUUAUAACCAAAAUAUGCAGGAUACAAUCUGCAUAGAAUACUGUCUCCCACAAUGCAUCUGAUGAAUCUGAUAUGAUGAACGAGCAGCUGAUUUUUAACAUCUCCUCCUUUGGUUGGACUGUCACUAAAUGCAAAAUAACUACACCUUAUUUCCAAGGUGAGGCAAGUUUAUUUGUAUUGCAACUAAUGAUAAUUUAAAGUCCUUCACAUUAGCAUAAUUGAGAGAGGGGGAGAGAGGAGGAGGACUUUAUUUUGAGAAAAGAAAGAAACAAACACCAAAUAAAAGUUUGAAAUUAUAAUUGGAUAGCAAUCGCUGAACUAAACAUGUAGUGUGGUAAAAUGCAAUGAUAACAGCAUCAAAAAAAUAUUAAGACGUACACAACUGCUCAAAAGUUUGGGGUCAAUAUGUUUUGUUUUGGAAAGAAAUUAAUACUAUGUGGCACUGUAGUUGGAUACUAUUAUGUGCGUCUCGUGUUUUAAGAGCAAAAGCGCGUUCUGUUUGAUCAUCCCUUAUACCUUUCACUCAGACGUCAAAAUGUUGUCAAAUGGAAAAGAUGUGAGUGAGUGACAACUAAAGUGCUUCUUCUCAUGUGUGCGCAGUGCACAGUAUUUAAAGGGAUACUUCAGGAUUUAGCAUUAAGCUUUGUAUUAGUAGAAAACCUGCAGUAUUUUCAAAUUACCAUGAUUUCCACCCUCAUAUCCCCCUGAGACGAGAAAUUUAUGUACUUUUUAUCUGGAAAAAAUUCUCAGAUGACACAAAAAUCGUCAUUUUGCCUCAUCUGAGGAUUUUUUGGCCUGAGGCUAAAGACUAUAGCUAGUAGUAGUAGUAGCUGUCCCGCAUGCCCAUAGAGGGUGGGAUCUCACUCGCAAAAUGUACACAUACAUAGU